AAUGAUAUCCAUCCAACAUCUCUCUUUGGUAACAAGCAACUUGUACCUCUCUGUUUCGGAUAACAGAGUAAAGGGUUUUUGCAGGGUUUUAUUCUUCUUCUUCUUCUUCUUCUUCUUCUUAUCAUCUUUCUUAAACAAACAAUAUGGGUUCUUUGGAGAAUGGAACACCGAAGAAAAUAAGAGAAGAAGAAACAGAGGAACCAAUACUGAUGAAACAAACACAAAGGUUUUGUAUGUUCCCUGUUCGCUACAAACAACUUUGGGAGAUGUACAAGAAAGCCGAAGCCAGUUUCUGGACCGCCGAAGAGGUCGAUCUCUCCUAUGAUGUACAACAUUGGGCAACCUUGUCUGACUCUGAGAAGCACUUCAUAUCACAUGUCCUUGCCUUUUUUGCUACAUCUGAUGGAAUCGUUUUGGAGAAUUUGGCUGCAAGGUUUCUGAAUGAUGUUCAAAUUCCGGAGGCUCGGGCAUUCUAUGGAUUUCAGAUAGCAAUCGAGAAUAUUCAUUCUGAGAUGUAUAGCUUGCUGUUGGAGACGUACAUCAAAGAUUCUAGAGAGAAACAUAAAUUAUUCAAUGCAAUUGAAAAUCUUCCUUGUGUUGCAAGGAAGGCUGAAUGGGCAUUGAGUUGGAUUAACAGUUCCACUUCAUUUGCGGAGAGGCUUGUUGGCUUUGCAUGUGUCGAGGGGAUAUUUUUCUCAGGAAGCUUCUGUGCCAUAUUUUGGCUUAAAAAGAGAGGAUUAAUGCCAGGUCUGACAUUCUCAAAUGAGCUAAUCUCUAGAGACGAGGGUCUUCACUGUGAUUUUGCUUGCAUGCUAUACAGCUUGUUACUGAGACAGCUAGAUUCCGAGCGGGUUCAAAAUAUUGUACACGAAGCUGUUGAAAUUGAAACUGAGUUUGUCUGUGAUGCCCUCCCUUGUGCAUUGAUUGGCAUGAACUCAAAGCUUAUGAGCCAGUACAUAAAAUUUGUUGCUGACAGGCUAUUGGUUUCCUUGGGGUGCCUAAAAAUUUACAACGUGGAAAAUCCCUUUGAUUGGAUGGACUUUAUUUCUCUGCAAGGAAAGGCCAACUUUUUUGAGAGAAGGGUGGGUGAUUAUCAGAAGGCAUCUGUGAUGUCAAGCCUUCAAGAUGAUGGGAAGAACUUUGUUUUCAAGCUUGACGAGGACUUCUGAUCAUGAUUAUGUUAAGUUACAGCUUCAAGUAUUAUUUCUGGGAUGAUGGUGAUGUAUUUUCGGCGUCAAAUUUUUUGCUUAUUAUCUUUGUCAAGUUACAGUUUAGCCUACACAUAUAUAGGUCAUUACUAGCUGGUAUUAGGGCACUUGUAUAAUAUUUUUUGUUCUGUUGUUCCAUGACAUUGGCAUGAAUUUGUAAUGUCUCUAUGGCUGCCAAAACGGCCAAGUUACUCUAUUUUCUAUCUUAAAGCACUCUGUUAGUGAGCAGAGCAAUAAUAAUUAUAUAUCAAACACUUCUUUCUU